CGUUUGGCUAGGCCACGGUAGCCGUCACCGGUGAGGCAGCAAGCGGCGUUGUUUCAUUUGUGUGAAGGGCAAUUCACAGUUGUGAUGGUUGUUUCGGGUGCCUGGGCUCUGUGAUGUCUUCUGUCGCCGCCGCAGCCCGAUUGGCAUCACCGCGGGGCAGGCAAGCACGGUCCAGGAUGUCAAGAGCAAAAUUGGGCAGCACCCUUGGAAUGAUAAUGCCUAUGCCUGCAAGGAAAAUAAUGCUAGAAGCGUUCUGUUUCUUGGAAAGUGUGUAUAGCAGCUCUUGCACUACAAAGUCAAGUCGUACACCUGGGUGGCCGCGCCGUCACGUGUUCAACCAGGCGAACUAGGACUCUCAAUUGCAAUACUUGAACUUGCGUAGCCGUCUAACAUUGUGAAUAGAUAUCAAAAGCUGGUAAA